AGGUUUAUUGAUUUAAUUGGACAUAAGCAAGUUGGAACUUGGAACCCAUUUUCGCCUGACUACCUCCCGCUGUAUACCCUGAAGCAGAAGCUGCAUCUGUAUGGCCGCAAAAAGGAGCUCUGGAUCAAUAUUCGACGCUCCGGAUCUCAGGAGAGAGUUUGAGAAAGUGGACAUCAGUCUUAACUUCAUCCCUUUCAUUUGGAAGUACGUGAUUAAGAACCCUAACUGUAAGUGGGAUGAUAUACCCAAUUUGCCCUCAGCUGCAUACCCACUCCUGCAUUCCAAGUUCAGAACUCUUUCUUCCAGUCUUCAUUCUGUUGUUGAAUCAAAUGAUGGGGUCACCACCAAGUUGCUUAUUAGACUUCAGAAUGGAGCUUUUGUGGAGGCUGUUAUUAUGAGAUAUGACACUCGUUUGGGAAAAUAUGGCGGAAAACCCCGUCCUGGUGGCCUAAGGUCAACUUUGUGCGUAUCAUCUCAGGUUGGUUGUAAAAUGGGUUGCAAGUUUUGUGCUACUGGAAGCAUGGGAUUCAAAAACAAUCUAUCGUCAGGAGAAAUUGUUGAACAGUUAGUCCAUGCAUCAUACCUAUCCCAAAUACGGAAUGUUGUUUUCAUGGGAAUGGGAGAACCAUUGAAUAAUUAUGCUGCUCUGGUAGAAGCAAUUCAUGUUAUGCUGGGACCUCCAUUUCAGCUGUCACCAAAGAAAAUUACAGUGUCAACGGUAGGGGUUAUCCAUGCUAUUAACAAGCUUCAGAAAGAUGUUCCCGGUUUGAACUUGGCAGUUUCAUUGCAUGCUCCGGUUCAAGAUAUCCGCUGUCAUAUAAUGCCAGCAGCUCGGGCUUUUCCUUUAGAAAAGCUUAUGGAUGCUCUGCAAGUGUAUCAAAAAAACAGUCAGCAGAAAAUUUUUAUCGAGUACAUAAUGCUUGAUGGGGUAAAUGACGAGGAGCAACACGCCCAUCAGCUUGGCAAGUUGCUAGAAAACUUUGAAGUGGUUGUGAACUUGAUACCUUUCAACCCAAUUGGUAAUUUGAGUGAAUUCAGAAGUAGUAGCGAGGAGAAAGUAUCAAGAUUCCAGAUAAUUCUAAGAGGAGUUCAUAACAUUCGGACAACAGUUCGGAAGCAAAUGGGUCAGGACAUAAGUGGUGCCUGUGGUCAGCUGGUCGUCAACUUACCUGAUAACAGCUCCAUUAAUGGUCUCACUGACAUUGAAGAUCUUCAUCUUCGAUAGGUAUAGAAUUUGAUGAACAUUAUUUUUUUUCCUUUUAUUUUUUCUUUUAUAUAUUUUGUACACUGCAAGGUGGUGAUAUAGCUGUAAAAUUUUCUGGUUUUCAAUUUUGAGGGGUCUAAGUAAUUUUCUGGGUAUUAUUUAUGAGAACACUCAUAACUUAACU